GAUAAUGCCCUCACCCCAUUGCGUGCGUGCGUGUGUGUGUGUGUGUUCUUUUUAUUGACUCCUCCCAUCCAUACCCUGUACAGAGACGCACUGGUACGCCACUAUUCACUAAACCCUAUAUCACAGGUCAGGCCAGACCUUCAGUGAACUUUAAACAAGAUCAAACAGCGGCACUGGUUUUGAGCUUCUUCCAUCUCGAAUACCUCACAAACCUUCAUGUAGAACCUUCUCAACAGCCAGCAAGAAUGAACACCACCACAAACACCCCAAACUGCGGGAUCAAUUUCAAACAAGGCAGCGAUCCCCUGAUGGCCAUCUACAUUAUAGUCUUUGUCGUCGGCCUGAUAGUCAACUUGAUCACCCUGGGACCUAUCAUCCAGCAGGUACGUCGCCGUAAUGUCCUUGGAAUCUACCUGCUGAACCUGUCCAUCUCAGAUCUCCUAUAUACCUUGACCAUGCCCCUCUGGAUCCACUACUACCACAAUGGCCACGUAUGGACACUGGGGAGGCCGGCCUGUCUCAUUGCAGGCUUCAUCUUCUAUUCCAAUGUGUAUGUCAGCAUUGGUCUGCUCUGCUGCAUUUCUGUGGACCGCUGCUUGGCUGUCAAGUAUCCUUUUCAUGCGAAGGUCUUUCGGAAGUGCAGGUACGCUUGCAUUUUAAGCACUGUAGUUGUCCUGGCAGUGAUGGGGACUCACGCCGUAGCUGCGUUGCUUGAUGACGAUUUCGGAAUCCAGGAAGGAUGCUACGAGAGCUACCCCCUCACGGUCCACGUGGCCCGCGUGAACUUCAUCCGGGUGACUUUCGGUUUUUUCGUCCCUCUGCUUCUCCUCACGUUCUGCUACUUCAUGAUGUUUCAGGGGGUGCAGAAAAGCAUCAGUGUGGAGGACCGGGGGAAACGUAAAGUGAAGCUGCUCUCCAUCACAGUCAUCGUCAUCUUCUCUUUCUGCUUCGCUCCGUACCACAUCAUCCUGUUACUGAGGACUAUUGUGUUUUACCAGGAUCAGGCCAACUCCUGUCCCUUCGAGAUUCAGGUCUACCACUACUUCACAAUUUCUCUGGCCAUGUCCAUCCUCAACAGUGUGAUGGACCCUAUACUCUAUGUGUUGGUCAGCAACGGAGUGAAGGAGGACAUGAAAAAUAUGGCCAGGUUUCCUUUCAGAAUGAAACGACAACUAGAGAACAGAACCUUCUACACUGUGAACACCAUGCUAUCACAUAACUGACUUUACAACAGGACUGGAGAAAAACAGUUCUAGUUUAGCGAUCAUGAUGCUACCAUCCCAAGUUAAUUAGUCUGUUGUAGAGCUGCUCUGAAUCGGGAUGAAGCAGGCAGUCUUGCACAGACAAGUUUAUUUCUGUAAAAAAAAAAAAGUGGUGGAGGUUGGAGGGGUGAAAUUUGUUCCCAAGUGUUCACGCAGUAGUCUGACGCAAAGAGACAUCCACAAAGAUUUGGGUAACACUUGACAUUGAGUGUCUUUAAUUACUUUGUAUUUACAUAGAAGUUACUUACUAAAUACGUGUGUACUUUCACAUAAUGAAUAUGUUAUUAUGCAUAGUUACAAUGUACUUAAUGCACGAAAUAACUCUAUCCCUAACCCCAACCCUCCUAAUUUAACUCUUUUCUGAUAAUUGCAUACUUGCAUACAUGGGUCUAAAAAAGAUUUACACAUUAAGUACAUUGUAACUAUGCAUAAUAACUUUAAUUGUGUAUGUGCACAUGUAUUUACUAAGUAACUGCUAUGUCAUUGGAAAAAUUGAUUUGAUACAGUUUGUAAGAUUAACUGUUGUAGACAAACACCAGCCUUUUAAAGACAUCAAUAUGUCUGCUUCAGGAGGGUAUCUCAUAAUACUGAAAAACAUUCAAUUCGGCUAAUUGAAUGGAAACUAAACUGAUCUAUAACACAAGCUAAUAGUUGCAGCAACUCAGUACCAGCAAUGUAAGUUACAAAUCUCUUACAGGUUAAGAACAUAUUCUAUUUGACUCUACUGGGGCUAGAAGAGAGCUUCCUUACUCCACCGUUCUCUUCCACUACCUGAAGAGGUUUUCUGCUUUGCCUUAAGGUGAAAAACGAUCUCCGAUAUAAGGAAGUGCAAUCUGGCCAUAUUUUUCAUGUCCUCCAUCUCUCUGUUACUGAUAAACACUUAUUACAGUAGAAACAGAGAGUUAUGAAUGCCUUGGGAAUGACGGUCGUUCUUAAGUCUGAAAUGUCCAUAACUGACUUUUCAAUGGUUUUAAUAAAUGUGUACACCUGCUGCCUCGAUUUGGUGACUAAUACAAGGAUACAGCACGAUAAUGCAAUGCUUAUAUUGUUAUGGUUCUAAAGAUAUUAAAGAGUUACUAUAAAUGGAAAAAAAGGCUACAUGUUAAGUUGCCAUUAAAAUUGUAACUGUUGCAAAAACACAGAUUUCAAACGUCCAGGAAAACCUUGUGCUCGUUUUUUAUUUUAUUUCAAACAAAAUGCAUUCAUGCAGCUUUCUUAAUCAUUCUGCCUUUUUUUUUUAAACUAGAGUGCUCCUAGUAAAAAUGUCCAUACUUGCUUUGAAAUCUGCUUCACCUUUGGACACAUUUUGUUAGUAUAGUAAUCUUGUCUACUUUAUGACGAACACGUAACUUGAAAAAGGACCUGCCUGUUUGCAUUGCACGUAUGGCUUCACAUGCAUCACAGUGGUUGCAUACAUCCAGCUGAAUGUGGGAUGUUGGGUUGAUAGGCCAGCUCUUAAGUUUGGUGUUCGUAACACUGAGAUUCUCCUGUACUUACCUGUAGGUCAUUAUUUGGUUAAUUGUUAAGAGUUUUCUGCUACUAAAGCAGUGGAUGUAUUUAUUUAGUUAUUUGUUAUCUAAAUAAUUUAUGAUGGGUGGAUAUUCUGCUCCAAUCUGGGUCCUCAAUAUUUCCUCAUGUUAACUGUGGUCAAGAAAACUGUCGUCCUUCUGCAUAGCAAAAGAGUGACCAUGUAUUGUGCAAGGUCCAUUAUAAUGGUCAUCAAUGGACUGUUAACCUUGGAUGUCAUCAAUAUUCAUGGAUCACCAAUGAUGCUAAAUGUCUCAUGAACAGAACAAAUGUGGCUACCCUAAGAAAAACUCCCUUUCCUCUCCCAUCUGCCAUUUUGCAGAGUGUCUAGCCACCCUGAGUCUCCUUCGGUAUUCUCUGACUGAAGGGUAAAGGUAAGAAGAGAAUUAUGUUCAAUCCUAUUUCUCAGUCGUCGGUACACAGCUAUGAACAAAAUCUCCUUGAUCUGCUGUGGCAAAGUGCACCAAAGCAAGCCUUUUUCAAAGGGCAUUUUUUUUGUUUGAUACACUACUGCUACAGAUUCUGUAGAAGAGUUUUAAAAAGCACUUGCAGAGAAGCCUAGCUCUUUUGAAAAGUGUGUUGCAGGUUUUUCGACUGCGCUAGUCUCCACCCUGUUCUAUUGAACUUUAGAUGCUUCUCUGGUUGGAGAGGGAUAGAAAGAAGUAUGUAGCGGUCUAGUAAGAGAGGGUCAAGUUUGAAAUGGGAUACUACCUUGGACAGAGUUAACAUGGGACAGAGGCUGGACUUUAAAAUAAAUAGCCCUACCAUGAUAACACUGGCAGUGUUGUUAAAAGGCAUUGCUUUGAUGUAUUGUAACUGCAAUGUGUUUUUUAUGGGUGACUAAAAUUGGUUUAACUGUUGAUUCCAUUAUUUAUUUAUUUAUUUUUAAACUAAUAAAGAUGAGCACUCCUAU